UGGCGCUCUGCUUAUCGUCCGCUCCACUAUGUCGCCGACCAGGCGAUAACUACGGCGAGUCACGUGCGUCUCUACACGUGUCGAAAACCUACACCCAACCUUUAACGCCGUUACAUCUCAAUCCCCCACUUCGCCGUUAGGAGUGCCAUAUAAAACAGCAACUCACGAGCGAGAAAAACUCACGGCAUUCUCUCAUCUCCCUCCUCGAACUUCAGUAGUGACAAUGAGAGCGGCGAUCCUCAACCGCACGGCAUCCAUGUCAACCGUGAGAGGUAUCUCCGGGGUUUGGCCGACGAAACCGGCCGGCGGGCAUGACGCUGGAUUAUCCUUUUAUCGCCGGAGCUCGACCCAUAGAAUGCCUCUCGACGUGAGGCAGAGGAGAAACUUCUCUUCGUCGGCUGUAAAGCCGAAUCAACUUCGGCGGGUCAGAUCUGACACUGAUCUCUUCUUAUCAUCUCCCCAGAGCUUCCGAGGAGAAACAUGGCCGCCGUCUGCGUUGCUUGCCUCGGUGGAGGAGGACGAUCUGUGCGCGGGAGUUGUGGCGGUCAAAGAGAACAACGAAGUCGAGUAUUCCGGCGGAUCGGGGAAAGGAAAGGGAAGCAAGAGCAAGGGAGGAAGCUUUGGUGACGGCGGGAACGAGGAGAAAACCAGAAAUCGGAUGAUCGAGAACCAUUAUCAGGAGAUGCUGAGGGCGGAUCCAGAGAAUCCGCUGCUAUUGAGCAAUUACGGAAGAUUCUUGCACGAGGUUGGAGGGGAUUUAAAGAAGGCUGAGGAUUGCUACGGGAGGGCGAUCCUUGCCUGCCCGGAUGACGGUGAAGUGCUCUCGCGGUAUGCUCGAUUUAUUUGGGAUACUCAGAAGGACUGCGAGCGAGCCGAGGCCUAUCAUGAACGCGCCGUGGAGGCCUCCCCUGAUGAUUGCUAUGUGCUGGGGUCCUAUGCGCAUUUUCUAUGGGACGCAGAGGAGGGCGAAGGGGAGGGGAUGGUGGGUUCGUCCUCGCCAUUUGUGGAAGUCUGCUGAGGAUAAUGGAUGACGUCGAUCUGAUCUUUAUGUAUAUACUUGGAAGAAACUACUGUAUAUUAAGAGCUUAUGAUCACGUUUACAUAUGGAGGAAGUAACUGACAGGAUCAAGGCUGCAAUGGGUAGGGGAAAUUGGAUCUGAAAGGAUGAUCAUAGCCGCUGGAUCCGCUCAGGUUUUUAAAGGAAUGAUAAUUUGCUUCAGAUGUAUGAUCAAUAUUUGAGAGGAUGAAUUUUAGAACUAUGAGAUUUGUUUUAAGAUUUAAAAAAAAUGAAGGGAAAUGUCUAAUGAUUGUAGGAUUCAAUCUGUAACGAAUGGAGGAGCUACUGUCGGGCUCAAAAUUUGAUUAGAAACUGUUUUCUUCCUGUUGAGAGGAGUGAUGAUUGUGAAUAACUGAAAUAUGAGUUGAUUUUGAGUUGGAGCUGCCAUUUUGGAAUACCGAAUGGUCAUGUAGCCGUUGCCGUUUGCUUAACUAGGGGUGUAAACUCUAUAUUUAUUGAA